AUGCACCUACUUGAUGAUUUAACCGACAAGCCUCGUCUUGCGUUCAGAAUACAGAAGCGCUAUGAUGAAAAUCUGGAGCGAUCUUAUGAACAACUUGUCGAAAUAAGCCGCCUCUGCAGGGAGAAAUGUGAGCUUUGGGAGAAGAAUAGAGUUCUCGAGAACAAGUCACAGACUCUUGAGAACGAGAACGCAUCUCUUCGUGAGGAGCUUGCGGCCCUCCGUACGAGCCGCCAGGAUGAAGGUACUACCGACGUCAGCGAUGACACCAAGGACCUCGUACACGUUGAGGAGCGAGGCGAUGACGACCUGCUGUGUGACUCCAGCCCUGCCCACUCCAUCUCGAGUCCUUCUUCGACGGCUCAGGAGCUACCUGACACUCAGGCCCACUCCCCCCCGGCUGCUUCAUUUGUCCUGGAUGACGAGCCUUCAUCACCCGCUUCGUCGUUUGUCCUGGUUGACGAGCUUUCAUCCCCAGCUUGCAGCUCCACCACUAUUGCAGAGCUUGGCAUCUCUGAUGCUGCUCCUGUGACCCCGGGCGCCCCUUGCCCGUCCCAUGUGGCAAUUCCUACCGGAUCUCUCGAAUCGGACUCGAACUACCCGCAGAACGAAGUCCGCCGCGUCUACUGCAGCGCACUCGAGCUGGAACUUGGGAUGAGCCUAUACAACCAUGUCGGGACCACUGAGAGCCCUGUUCCUAGUGAAGUCGAUGACACGGAUGUUCGACCUACAGAGUGGAUCAGCGAGGAUGAGGAGCUUCGAGAGGGUUGCAUUGAGAUGCAUUAUGGCACGAGUUACCGCUCUCCUCUCCCGGAGCUUCCCGGCGUUCUCACGUACGGUAUCCAAUACCGUCCUGACGCCGUAGUCCGCUAUCCCGACGAAGCUGCUCUCGAUGUUCCCAGCAGCGAUCUGCGGACUGUGACAAUCUCCAAUAUCCCUGCUGGACACCAGCUCCGCGAUGUUCUCCAGCGCGUUCGCGGAGGGGGUGUGCACAAGGCUAUCCUAGCUGACACUCGUGCUCUCGGACAGGGUAUGACUGCAAUGGUGAAGUUUAUUUCGGCAGAUGAUGCUUCCAACUUCGUAGGUGCCGCCCAGGAGUUGGCGACCCCGAAACGCGCCGCCGACAUCGCAUACCCGUGGAAGGUGACUCUCACCGGAACUCCGGCAUACCCGGACCACACCUUUGUCACCGACGCCAUCGAGGAGGAAGGAGCCACGCGAUGCCUCAUGGUUCGUGGUGCCUCCAUCGACGACAUGCUGGAGCUCCUUUCUGGUCUCGGUCUCGAUUUUCGCCGGGCUCCCCACAAGGUUUCCGUCCUCGAGGACGCGUUUAUCGACCACAAAGGAAGGCUAUUCCUGAACUUUGCAGACAUCGCCGUGGCGGUCAAUGCUCGCCACACCAUCCGCGUCACAGAACGCCUCAGUGACAUCAACCAGCGCAUUAGCUACGCCAUGGAUCACUGCCAGGGCUGCGUCUGCGAGCUGGCUAAGCCGAGCGAACCAGUCUCGUGCGGUUACAUGAGCUUCAAGGACAUCUCGCUCCACUGCAAUAUCUUGACUAUCAUCACCUUCCGCCAGUCGAUGAAGGGCUACUUGAACACGUUCACGGUCAAGGCCUUGGACCCCAACGAUCACGGAUCAAAGCGUCUAUAUCAUAUGCACGCUCUCCCAUGGACCGAGGAUCAGAUGAAGAGUCUCAAGGCUAAGGUGUCCUGCGAUGCUUGCAAGGCUGGCGAGCAAUGCGACCAGCAUGAAUCCCCGCCGCACUGGGGCGAAGGCACGGCUUUCUUCUCACUUGAAGAGCACGACAUGCUCCACCACCUCAUCGUGGCUCCAGGUACCGACAUCUGGCACUACUGUGACUCGCAGUAG